GGCAAGUACAGCGGCUCCGGCGCGGACGAGUGCGUCGACUGCGAGGCCGGGACGUACCAGGACGCGACGGGCCAGUCGAGCUGCGCGCUCGCGGACGCCGGGUCCUUCGUCGACGCGAUCGGCGCCUCUGAGCAGAUCGCGUGCGAUGCGGGCAAGUACAGCGGCUCCGGCGCGAGCGAGUGCGACGACUGCGCGGCCGGGACGUACCAGGGCGAGACGGGCCAGUCGAGCUGCAAGCUCGCGGACGGCGGGUCCUUCGUCCAAGCGGACGGCGCGUCGGAGCAGACCGCGUGC